CCAAUCGGAACCCAAAUGCGUCCCGCCGCGGCCGCGCCGGCGGACCCGCUGCUCCUGGUGGCGGCGAUCGAGGCGGCGAUCUCCUCCCGCUCGCCGCGCCUCGGCCGCGCGGCGCACGCGCGCGCUCUCAGGCUGCUCGCCCCGGCCAUCCCGCCCUUCAUCUGUGCCCACCUCGUCAACCUCUACUCCAAGCUCGACCUCCCCGGGGCCGCCGCCGCCGCGCUGGCCUCCGACCCCAAUCCCACCGUCGUCUCCUUCACGGCCUUCAUCUCCGGCGCCGCGCAGAACUCGCGCCCACUGCCCGCGCUCUCCACCUUCGCCGCCAUGCUCCGCCUCGGUCUCCGCCCCAACGACUUCACCUUCCCCUCCGCAUUCAAGGCCGCCGCCGCCGCGCCGUCGCGCUCCACCGUCGGGCCACAGAUCCACGCCCUCGCGCUCAGGUUUGGGUACCUCCCCGACGACCCCUUCGUCUCAUGUGCGGCGCUGGACAUGUACUUCAAGACUGGUCGCGUCGCGCUGGCGCGCCGCCUGUUCGACGAAAUGCCCAACAGGAGCGUGGUCGCGUGGAAUGCGGUGAUGACGAACUCUGUGCUCGACGGACGACCUCUUGAGACAGUCGAGGCAUACUUUGGGCUCCGGGAGGCUGGUGGGAUGCCGAAUGUGGUCUCCGUUUGUGCAUUCUUCAAUGCUUGCGCUGGGGCGACGUACCUGUCCCUUGGGGAGCAGUUCCAUGGGUUCAUGGUGAGGUGCGGGUUUCAGAUGGAUGUCUCGGUGUCGAAUUCUAUGAUUGAUUUCUAUGGGAAGUGUCGAUGUGUGGGGAAGGCCAGGGCGGUGUUUGAUGAAAUGGGAGUUAGGAACAGCGUAUCCUGGUGUUCUAUGGUUGUUGCAUAUGCGCAGAACGAGGCAGAGGAAGAGGCUUUCUCAGUGUACCUGGGUGCAAGGAGAGCUGGGGAAGAGCCUACGGACUUCAUGGUUUCCAGUGUGCUCACCACAUGUGCGGGACUGCUUGGCCUUGAUCUUGGGCGUGCUCUGCAUGCAAUUGCUGUCCGUUCGUGCAUUGAUGCAAACAUUUUUGUCGCAAGUGCAUUGGUUGACAUGUAUGGGAAGUGUGGGGGUAUUGCAGAGGCUGAACAGGUCUUUUUGGAGAUGCCACAACGGAAUCUUGUCACAUGGAAUGCGAUGAUAGGAGGUUAUGCUCACAUUGGUGAUGCUCGGAAUGCACUUGCAGUGUUCGAUGAUAUGAUAAUGGGUGGAGAGACGCCACCUAAUUACAUCACACUUGUCAAUGUGAUCACCACAUGCAGUCGAGGAGGUUUGACAAAGGAAGGGUACAAGUUGUUUGAGACAAUGAGGGAGAGGUUUGGGAUUGAGCCGCGGACUGAGCAUUAUGCUUGUGUGGUGGACUUGCUUGGUCGUGCAGGAAUGGAAGAGCGAGCUUAUGAGAUCAUACAGGGGAUGCCAAUGACGCCUUCCAUUUCUGUCUGGGGAGCACUACUUGGGGCAUGCAAGAUGCAUGGGAAGACAGAGUUGGGAAGGAUUGCAGCUGAGAAGUUGUUUGAACUUGAUCCUCAGGACUCUGGCAAUCAUGUGCUACUCUCAAACAUGCUUGCAUCCGCUGGCAGGUGGGCAGAAGCAACAGAUGUACGGAAGGAAAUGAAACAAGUGGGAAUUAAAAAAGACCCAGGUCGCAGUUGGAUCACCUGGAAAAAUGUUGUCCAUGUUUUCCAGGCCAAGGACACAAAACAUGAGAUGAAUAAUGAGAUCCAGGCAUUACUGGCCAAGCUCAAAAGGCAAAUGCAAGCUGCUGGGUACAUGCCAGACACACAAUAUGCUCUCUUUGAUGUUGAGGAAGAAGAAAAGGAAUCAGAGGUGUUUCAACAUAGUGAAAAGCUUGCUCUGGCUUUUGGAUUGAUUUGUAUACCACCUGGUGUACCUAUAAGGAUCAUGAAGAAUUUGCGAAUUUGUGUAGAUUGUCACCGAGCUUUUAAAUUCAUAUCUGGUAUUGUUGGUAGGGAGAUAAUCGUGCGAGACAACAAUAGGUUUCAUCAUUUCAAAAAUUAUGAGUGCUCAUGCAGGGAUUAUUGGUGAAAGUUUCAUCCACAGGAUCUACUGAUGCAUAUUCUUUUUGGCAUCUCUAGAAUCACUUCUGCAAAUAUAGAAGAAGUACGUACAGAGUGUGACAUUAAACAUGGAAAAUGCAGAAUCAGAUGGAAAUGGUCAGGCUGGCCAAAUUUCUUCUGGGCUCCGCUCCGGCUGUGCUUGGAGAAUACAGAAUACUAUCAAGAUGGGAAAUAGGACCCACAUAAAGCAGCCUGACAAAUCAGAAGAAGGGACUUGUAAGAUCUCACUUGGUUCCGGCAUUUGAAAGGUGGAGUUGAGGAGAUGCAAGCAUGGGUCAUGCGCCACAAAUUGCCCAGCAUGUUUGUUGCAGCUAUCUGGGAUCACCUCAGGUUGUGCAUAAUCUGGAGAGAUAUGGAGGAAAUGAAGAGCAUAUUAUGCACAUUGCAUUUGAAGCUCUGUGAUGUCGAUACAUGGUCGCUGGGAGAAGAGGUUUGGUACUAGUUUAAGGUCAACUCAGCCAUCCACGAUGUUCCUCCAGUGUUGAAAUGAUGAGGACUUGGAGGCUAUAGUUGGGCUGCUUUUGUUAGUUCUAACCCGGGGAAGUAGUAAUACAAAAUGCACAGGCUCUCCUAGCUUGUAACUGGGCACUGUAGCUGUCCAAUCAUCAGUUCAAAUUUUCCUUCCCCUUUCGGUUUUCUUGUUCAGAUGCUAACCGUUCCUUCACAUAUACCAAACGUUCCAUUCCAGAAAACUGUCACUUCAGUUCACCGUUUCAACCCCGACCUGUCACUACCAAUGAAGAUAGAUAUCAUAAGCAUUGCAUAGGUCUUACAAGGAGUCAAUUCCAGCUCAUAACAUAUAGCAGAGGCACUCAACGUAACAUGUGUAGCAGUAGGAAGUAACCAUACAACGUAACC